AUGAUGCCUCGUCCUACAAACCCACCAUUAGCGGGAAUCUACGGUCAGCUACCGUCGCAACAGGCCAGCAAUAUUCUGGCACAGCAACAGUUGCUGCUGCAGCACCGAGAAGUAGAGUAUUUUUAUGCCUACGUGGGCGAAUCCGAGCACUCCAAAGUGGGCCAUUGGAUUGUGCUGGAGCCGGAUAAAACGUUAAGUUUGGAAAAUCUUAGAGGUUAUUAUUCGACAUGCUUUGGUAUCAAAUACAAUCAGGUUGGUAGCAAUAAUCAGGUUGAAAGUAAGUAUGUACCGUACCGGAAUGGUUAUUUUCAAUUCGCACCCGGACUGGAUAUGAAUAAUACGAGGUUUGUCGCUUAUUACUACAACGAUGUGGGUGAUAUAAAUGCUUUCAUGGCGCUGACCGGAGACAACAACUGUAGUCCAGGAACGGUUCCUUCCAUAGAACUUAAAAAAGAGCAGACGGCUCAAUCGGAGCGAAACGAUUUGUCGUUUCUGCAUCAAUCGUUCGAUGAGGCGAACGUGAUGCAACGGGGAGCUCAAAGUACUCCUAAACCGGUAAAAUUCAUGCCUGUUGUAGAGAACGUGUCAUCUACAUCGGACGUUAUUUUAAACGAAAAAACGAUUGAAGUUAUUUCAGUUCACGACUCGCAAUUAAACGAUACUGUGCAAAACCUUCCACCGCCUCCUCCAGGUCCACCACAGCUUCCCGCUACUCCAAUUGUAGCAAAGCCUGCGAUAGCCGGCAUAAAGGCAAAACUUGGCCCUAGCGUUUCUUCGACUUCCGACCUAGAGUACCAAAAGAAAACCAUUAAACUUAGCAACAGAAUCAAACAAGAGCCAAAGGUCGAAAGUAAUUUCAACACUCAUGGGAGGGAGAAAAAACCGAUCACGAUUAAAGUGGAAACGGCUCCGAAAGAUAAGAACAUGCUAAACCGCUAUCAGGCUACCCGUUCGCAAAAGACAGCGAAUGUAAACGAUAAAACACCGUUAAAAAUCACUUUGAAACGACAGGGACGUUGCAUACAACGUGAUUCCAAGAUAUUAAAGAUCGAGGAUGAGAAAGGCCGUACAACUGCUCUUCUGACUAAGCGCAAAUGGGCUGGCAAGGAGAGUGUUACGCACGACACCAGAAAACGGCGCUACGAGUCGGAUGAAGAUUCUAAAGGGGACAGAAACGAGAAGCGUCGCAGAUUGAAUUCGCACGCGCGCCCAGUCCGCCGGCAGCUAGAGCCAACCGUUGUCUUCGAAGAUAAUUAUCGUACGCUAAAUAUUUUACUGGUUGGUUUCCGCUCCAAUCCACCGGUGAUUCACGAAACAACUAACUAUUUUAGCGAUUUUGGUGUCGUUACAAACCUCGAACUGUUCACGCUGGAUAAUCGCGAUAACACGCCCGAGUAUUACGCCUUCAUGAAGAUUCGUACGGACGCUGCCGUAUCGCUGUUCGCCGAUCGGCACCUAUACAACGGCUCCGUCAUCUACGCAAUCCGGGUCGACGACAGUCGGCUGCCGUCGCGAGUCGGUUGUAAAAUUUGCGAUUACCAAGGACUGAACGUCGCCUAUCUGAACUACCACAUGGAGGGCCAGGUUCAUCAAUCACGGCUGAAGAAGCGGCUGGAAUCGCUGGCCAGUUCCGCCGGCAACGUGUACCGGGACAGCUACUAUCGGAUCACGUACGACGAGCUGUACGUGCAGUAUCCCAAUGAUGCCGUUCACGAAAUCGUUCGCAACGACUACUGGAAACGGGUGCGCAGUCAAUCCGGCAACCAUGGAACGGCAAUUUUUGCACCCUCCAAUCUGCACUACAAAAUUGAAAAGGGACGUAACUAUUGA